AUGCCCAAGGCAGAUAUCCGUGCAGCUAUUCAAGAAGUGACGCAGAAGUACUCUUCGAAAGAACAGAGACUGUAUGCGGAGCUGGCAACACUGGACAUCCAGCUUGCUGAGGAGUCGGAGGAGGUUGGUAAGAUCUCUGCCGAGCUGGAAAGCAAGGAGGAUGUGAAAAAACGGGAAGAGGAAGAGAUGUUGCAGGUAUCUCAGUGCGCUCAGCAGGAAGUACAGGCACGCUUAGAAGACAGCAAAAGGCGAGAAUUUCUGGCACGUGUGGAGAUUGAGAACCGGGCAGCAUCUCUGGAAACUCUGAGGCAGAAGAACGAGGAUUGCGACAUACAACUCAAACAGCAGAGCCAGGCCGAGCUUCAAGCGAUGGAGGAGAUGAAGGGGACAGCAGUGCGCCUGGAAGACAUGUUGGGCAAUCAUCUGACUUUGGUUAGCCAAAUUGCUGAUAGUGUUGCUUCGCACGGUCAGCAGUGCCUUAAUGCACUACAACAGCUUCCGGAGUGA